AUGGCCGGAGACGGCAUCUCGGCGGAGGCAGUACGCCGGUGGGGAGAGAAGCUUGACUCCGGCGAGGUCGAGGUGGCAUGGUCCGGUCCAAAAGCUUCACUGGGGCUCCAGGAAGGUGGCAGGGCCAAUCAACCUCAAGGACAACAAGAAAAUGGCCUUCCUUUGGAUAUACCAACAAGUCAGGUUUUAGAUAGUCAUAUGAUUGAACAACAGAGCACAAAUCAGACGCCGCAAUCGCUCUCCCUUGAGCAGCACAGGCUGCAGUUGAGUCAGAAUGAGCAGGUUCAGGUGUCACAGCAGCAGGAAAUUUCUAUACAGAAUGCAAUUCUAUCAAACCGUCUGACAACCGAUGCGUUGCUCCAGAAUGUUGAAGAGAUAGCCAGCAUGCGCUUAGAGUUGCAAAGGAUCCGAGAGGUUCAAGAAACUUCACGGAAUGCUUGGGGUCAAUUGCUGCAUCAUGUUGUUAGUAUAUAUGAAAUGAAUGAGGAACGUAUUAGAAUGAUUGCUACGAUGCAACAGGAAACAAACUCACAUGUUUCAGGCCCUGAAGAUGAAGCAUCAAGUGUGGCGAGAACUGCAGCAGAGACAACCAAUACUGAUCGUACUUGUAUGGUUUGCAACUCUGGUGGUGCUUGUAUGAUGUUGCUGCCGUGCAAACACCUCUGCACCUGCAAGCCAUGUGCAGUCCAUCUCAGGGCCUGCCCUAUCUGCGGUGCUGUGAAGGAUGAUGCGAUCGAGAUCUAG